AUGCCAGCCCCUCCAGCAGCUCUGCCAACUAUACCAGCAACUCCAGCACCAACGUUCACCAGUUAUCAUUCAGCCCCAUAUUCGGCAGUGCCACCCAUGAUGCCCCCAUAUCCAACUUACUUUCCUGGACCUUAUCUAGGAACACCAUACGGACCUGGUUUUCUUCAGCCACCAUCAAUGCCUGCCACCAAGUCUAUGAGAUCAUCCAGUCCCCCGAUUCAUAGUCCCGAAAAGAACAACAACCCAAUCAAUACUAAUGACUGGUGUCGUGAAAGGGGACUUGGCGAGACAGGCAUUGCAGCAUAUCUGGAGGUUCAUGCUGGCUUCUGCAUUGGUGAUAAGCUUAGUUACGUUGACAAUGGUGGCUGGGAGAAGGCUGGAAUCAAGCCUGUACAUUGGAAGAGGUUUCUUGACAAGUAUAGACACUGGUCUCGAGAGAGACGUAACUAG